AUGGAGCUGGGGGGCCCGGGGUCCCCGCCGCCGCCGCUGCUGCCGCUGCUGCUGCUCCUGGGGGGCGGCCUCCUGCCCGCGAGCAGCCACGUGGAGACGCGGGUCCACGCGGAGGAGCGGCUGCUGAAGAAACUCUUCUCCGGCUACAACAAGUGGUCGCGGCCCGUGGCCAACACCUCGGACGUGGUCCUCGUCCACUUCGGCCUGUCCAUCGCGCAGCUCAUUGACGUGGACGAGAAGAAUCAGAUGAUGACGACGAACGUGUGGGUGAAGCAGGAGUGGAAUGACUACAAGCUGCGCUGGGACCCCCGCGACUACGAGAACGUGACCUCCAUCCGAAUCCCCUCGGAACUCAUCUGGCGGCCAGACAUCGUCCUCUACAACAACGCGGACGGGGACUUCGCCAUCACCCACCUGACCAAGGCCCACCUCUUCCACGACGGGCGGGUGCGGUGGACGCCGCCCGCCAUCUACAAGAGCUCCUGCAGCAUCGACGUCACCUUCUUCCCCUUCGACCAGCAGAACUGCACCAUGAAGUUCGGGUCCUGGACGUACGACAAGGCCAAGAUCGACCUGGUGAGCCUGCACAGCCACGUGGACCAGCUGGACUUCUGGGAGAGCGGCGAGUGGGUCAUCGUGGACGCCGUGGGCACCUACAACACGCGGAAGUACGAGUGCUGCGCGGAGGUGUACCCCGACAUCACCUACGCCUUCGUCAUCCGGCGCCUGCCGCUCUUCUACACCGUCAACCUCAUCCUGCCCUGCCUGCUCAUCUCCUGCCUGACGGUGCUGGUCUUCUACCUGCCCUCCGAGUGCGGCGAGAAGGUCACGCUCUGCAUCUCCGUGCUGCUCUCCCUGACGGUCUUCCUGCUGCUCAUCACCGAGAUCAUCCCCUCCACCUCGCUGGUGGUGCCGCUCAUCGGCGAGUACCUGCUCUUCACCAUGGUCUUCGUCACGCUCUCCAUCGCCGUCACGGUCUUCGUGCUCGGCGUGCACCACCGCUCCCCGCGCACGCACUCCAUGCCCGCCUGGGUGCGCCGCGUCUUCCUGGACCUCGCGCCGCGCCUGCUGCUCCUGCGGCGGCCGGCCGUGCUCAAGGACAGCGGCCGGCGGCUCAUCGCGUCCGUGCACGGGAUGCCCGGCGCCCCGCGCUGCUGGCCCGGGCCCGAGGGGGCGGCCGACCCCACGAGCGGGGUCCCAGGCCGGGGCCCCUCGCCCGCCUCGUCCAUCUGCGGCCCCCUGGACGAGCCGGGCGAGCCCCAGCCGGCCUGCACGUCGCCCCCGGGCCAGGCGUCCACUCUGCCGCCGGCACAGCCCGGGAACGCCAGUCCCUGCCCCUCGCCCGGCCCCUGCCCUCAGCCCGGCCCCUGCCGCCCGCCAGCCAGCACGCGGGCCCUGGGACUGGCCAAAGCUCGGUCCCUGAGCGUCCAGCACAUGUCCAGCCCCAGCCAGGCCGCGGAGGGCGGCGUCCGGUGCCGGUCUCGGAGCAUCCAGUACUGCGUUCCCUCGGACGAGGCCGCCUCCCCGGCAAACGGCCCCGCCACCGGCACCCCCCACGCCCUGAAGGCCCCCUGGGCCGAGCUCCCGCACCCAGACCAGGCCUCUCCCUGCAGAUGCAGGUGCAAGGAGCCGCCCACGGGGUCCCCGAAGGCCGCGCUCAGAGCCCGCAGCACCAGGGCACCACCGCGGCCCCCGGCUCUGUCGCCUGCCCUGACGCGGGCCGUCGAGAGCGUCCAGUACAUUGCGAACCACCUGAAGGCGGAAGACACGGACUUCUCGGUGAAGGAGGACUGGAAGUACGUGGCCAUGGUGAUCGACCGCAUCUUCCUCUGGGUGUUCGUCCUCGUCUGCCUGCUGGGAACCCUGGGCCUCUUCCUGCCACCCUGGCUGGCUGGCAUGAUCUAG